GUCACGUCCCGCUCGCGACCACUCGACGGAGCUGUUGUUUGGAGGCGGACGUGCGUUGAGGGGCAGAUCCAGAAAUGUCACUGGAGCAGCCCCUGGAUCUGUCGGGCAUUUCCCAAGAAAGUGAAGACAGCUCAAAUUCGGAAGAGGCCAGCAGCUCUCCCACGCAACCCUGCGAGAGGGCUGCCCCCCUCAUGCCGGUGCAGCCUUCCGAGGUGGGCGGCAGUGUCGUGACCACAGAGCAAGAGCGAGUAAAUCAAGUUGUCACUGACAAUGGGGGGUGCGCGGGGCGGGCAGCUGCUGAUGAAGGAAGCACCCCCGCGAUGAAGGAGGAGUGGCAGGGCACCUUCACGGACAACGGGAUGCAAGGGUGCACCGCCACUACUCGCCAGAGGGAGUGUGGUGGUGUCCCUGAAGAGGAGGGAGAACAAAGGAGUGACUUUUCCCCUCUUGAAAUGAGAGAAGGCACAUGGACACCGUGUACAGAAGAUGAGAGGAGCAGCAGUGAUACAGCGGCAGAGCGGACAAGUGGAAGCUUUUCGUCAGGGCAUGGAAGUCAGGAGGUUUCUCUUAGCAGCAGCCAGACGCAAGAUGAGGAUGGCGCACAAGAGGAGGGACAAGGAGUGGACGGUGCUGGUGAGAGUAAUGUACUUCAUGGCACUGGGGACAAUGCUUCGCCCAAGCCAGGAGAGAGUGGUGGCCCCAAUUGCACAGAGCUGCAGCGCAUUUUGACAAACGGUGCUAGUGACGAAGCUGGAGGCACCGUGGAGCAGGCGGGGAACAGCACAGCAGACUUGAAGAGCAACGCCCCCUUGGACUUCUCUGUGAGUAACAGCCAUUGCGGUGGCGAAGUGGCUUCGGCAAAGGCAGAAAAGGAACAAGAAAGCACAGAAGCUAUUGAUACACAAACGGACGGUGUUCCAUUGGAACAAUUCGGCCUAGCAGAGAAACAGAUUGAUUCUGCAAUGAAAGCUGAAGAGGCAACAGUGGAUGGUGCAGAGUUGACUGCACCACUUUCCGUGACAGUUGUGCAGGCAAGUGAAGCUAAGCCUGGUGGGAGCAUGCUGAAAAGUAGAUUUGCUGGACGGUUCCACGUGGCGUUCACAUGCAGUGCCUGCGAAGCAGGGUUCAGCUCGGUGGUGGAACUGACAGCACACGUUUCUUGUCAUGCUGGCCUCUGGCCUGUUAAGUGUGAAUUCUGCGUUCGUCUCUUCCGCUCUCCGCAAAACCUCUCAAGCCACCGGGCAUCGGCGCACGGUGUGCCCUGUACGCCCCGUGGAAACACGAGUUCCCUCUGUUGCCCUCUCUGCCCCAAGAAAUUUGCCUUUCCCACGAGCCUGAAGCGUCAUCAGGAAGAGAUGCACCCAAAAUUGGGCGCUCAUGAAUCGGAUGGUGAGAAUGUGUCAGAAGGACAAGAGCUUUCGGCUAAUGGUGCCGGAGGUGGACGUGAAGUUGACGAAUAUGAGGAGCUCAGCUGGCUGAGACCACAAAAUUUCACGGACCCAGCAAAGGCAAAGAUGUGGUUCUCCUCGACGCAGAUCCUCGCAAUGAGUCAGGUGGAGAAAAACGAGGAUGACAAGCGGAAAAGUACACGGCUCUCGUUGGCUUUCAAAGAGAGAAAAAGCAGUUUGGAGAAUAACCUCACGGCGACAUUGAAGUUGCUGGCAGAAGGCGAGCAUCUGCUGAGCCCCGAUGUUCAUUUAGCGAAGAUGGACGGGAGCAGCGCUCGCUACCCGACAUUCCGUCCGCCUCCCUUCCGCUAUAACCGUUCCGCAGAAGGCGGGAAGGUGGGGGGAGUAAGCAGCGGCGCAGCAUCCACGGCGAGCCCAGCGGGUGUCACGGUGGGAACAACUGCGGUGCCAGGCAUGGCCACAGCAACUCCGGGUGUACGGGUGGCACGCAUCCCACACUCCUUCUCGAGCCCAAUCACAUGCACCAAGUGCGGCACCGGCUUUUUGGAGCUGGCCUUGCUGCGUUCGCACGUGCGGGCAUGUGUCAACGUGCGCGUCCGCCGCCGGUACACCCCACGCAAGCAGUCGGCGGCAAGUGACAGCGCAAGCUCCGUGGAUGACCAAGGUAGCCCUCAAAGGGGGUACAGUAAGAGUAGCGGCAGCAAGGCGAGUGGCAGCGGCGGUUUUAUGCCAAAGCAAAAGGUGAAAUUAAGUGCCCAGGACAGGGCCUCUGAGAAAGUGAAGAGGAGACCUCCCGGCUCAGCCAAAGUGGAUGUGGCAAGUCCCUCCCAGAAACUGCCCUGUUGCCCAUACUGUAAGCGAGCCUUCACCUACCUGGGCAGCCUGAGCAAGCACGUGGCCUUCGGAUGCAUCAAGAAGGGGGAAAAGGUGCGUGUAAGCAAAAGCAGCAGCAACACCAAUCGCUUAAGCAGUAAAAAAUCUAAUAAAAACGCUAACGGUGAUAAAAAUAAGAGCAGUAAACAUCUGCGACAGCACCUGACCUCGACAACACGGCCAAAUGCGAACAUUUUUCAAAAGGCUUUGCCGGCAACGCAGCAAGGAAAAUUGCAGGCUUCAACGCCGGGCAGCGACCGGUCCUCGGCGGAAGGAGCCUCUCUGCGGGUGGACAAAUGGGCGGCCACCACCCCCACCACUGAUGAAGAUGAGGACGCAGACGAGGUGCGCUUGCUCAAGAAGCGUGGCCGCCCGCCUAAGUUACGGGCGGACGGCGCAUCCUCGAGCUCCCACAGCUCCCCGCGGAAUCAGUCUCCAUCACGCACGGCCGCCACCGGCGCCCCCUGGAUCCCACCACACUCAAAGGCGCAAGACCGCGGCUUCAAGCGCAAACAGUCGGCGGGAGAAAGGGAAGAGAGCGCCCAUCGGGGAGAAAGAGGGCCACCGUGGCCAGAGCGGGUGUUCGUGAAGAGAAAGUACUCUUCCCCGGCUGCAAAUGUAGACAAAGACGUCAAGAGGAAACACAACUCGGGAGAAUCUAUUAAGGUGUCCGAUUCAAGAGAAUCCGCAUUUUAACUGGUUUAAUAAUUUUACUUUGACUAAUGUGAUAUAAGGUGGUUAACAUCCGUAAUUACUUAACAUCUGUAUUAGGUUUUUAGGUUGUUAAGUGCACUAGUUAUGCAUUGUGGCUUGUGAAUAAGAUAUCAAGUUAGGUCGACUGUGUAAUGGGCUUAAAGCCUUUAGCUAAAUCUAAAAGACUAGCCUUUUGCCCGUCCAAGGACGGGUGUAUUGCAGUGAAUCUGAAACUUUCAAGCGAAAAGCAGACCGCGACGUGGUAUUAAUUGCAUCAAUGCGCGUGCCAUUCGUAAGGGCGCGGUGACAGACCUAUUUCAUGUAAAGGUUAUAAUCCCUUGUUCACCAUGACAUCCUUUUUAGUUCUAUUUCUCAACAGCGUUACGGAGAUCGCGUGACGUGUAGUGAGGGUUGUAAGUUGACGCCGAGGAGGGGGGAGGAGGCGCCUCGGCUCCCCCAUGUGGAGUGACGUCACCCCCUAAUUAUUAUGAAUGGGGGAGGGGUCCAUUUGGAGGACGUCACCUGCUCAUGAAUAUUAAUGAGGUGGGCUGGUCGAUGUGUAGUGACGUCACUAGCGUUAUGGACAUUCCUGGGUGAUAAUAGUCGGUAUAUGGGGAAAAGUUUCUUCAGGUUCUCUUAAAGCAAGAGAGACUUUUAUUUUACACUUGUUGCCACUGUCAAAGUUGUCACUUCUGCUACGAGUGAACAUGAUCAUCUUGAUUUGAAGCUUUCGUGACUGCAGGAAUCCAUACUCUUUGAUUCUUUCGGUAAAGUCACGUAGAUACUAUCUACUAUCUACGUGACUUUACCGAAAGAACCAAAGAGCAUGAUCAUGAUGAGUUAACUUUUUAAAAGCAUUAAUGGGAAAAGCCUGCUUACAGAUAAUUUCUAUUUUCUUAAAUUAGUUUUUUUUUAAACACGUUAAUUUCCUUGACCGCAUUUCCAAACUGUGCGUUUAAGGCACUCCAGCUCUCACCAGACAACAACAAAAAUUAGAAGAGUGCUUUGUUAUUUUAGGGACGUAGCCACUAAUUUGUGUCGUGUGCACUUAAAAUGGGUACAAAUAAGUGUGUGAAAUGAAUUUAGACUAUUCCGAAAACAUUUAUUUUGCCAAUUGAUUUUUAGUAAUUGGUCAGGUUUUGUUUUUUGUUUUGUUUUCUUGGUUGAUAUGACGAGUUAUCAUUGCAUCAUGCAAAAGUAUGAACGAAAGUAAUACUCCAUAAUCGAGUUUGUUUUGGGUGAGAUCGCGUAAAAAUAAAUGUGUCGUUAAACCCACCACCACCCGACACAGCCAAUUAGUAAGGGUUGUCACGUAAACAAAACAUGCCAAUGAAUUACUAGUACAGCACACCGCUGUGUUGGAGAGUAAACCCACAAUAUUUACAAUUCGAGUACGACGUUUCGCCAGUAAUUACAACUCGCAUCAUUAUCAUCAUCAUCAGGCGACAGAUAUAUUUGUGGAUCAAUUCUGUUUCGGUCUUAAACGACACAUUUAUAUUCACACGACAUAACCCAAAAAAACCUCUUGUGAAUAAUAUUGGUUGCGAAAACCUACAUAUGAAAUAGUCAUAUGGAGAAAGUUAUCGUUUUUUUUAAUUCAUAGGCAUCUGAUGGUAUACAUUCGUGUCAGUUAUUGUCUUCACAGUAUAGGACUAAGAGUGGUGCAUAUAGCCACAUGUGGAUAGGCAAAAACAAGGAUAUGCUUUCAAAAUCGCUGCAACAAGUAUACUAUAACUGGUCAAAGAAUGCCAAUUUUUCUUCAGCCUAUAAAAUCAUUUGGAAAAAACUCAUCAAGUGUUGCUGUGGAGUAUCUGGGUUCUUAAACAAAACAACCUCCAUUACGUUGCUUAUGAACAAAAUUGAGUUUGAGAUGCUUUUAUUACUAAUACUCUCCAGAUUUUGAGAUGCUCCGGAAAGUAAGACGCACCCCGAGGCAUGUGUCCUGGUGUCAACGUUCUACAAAUCUGGUCACGAACGCAAAGGCACACACACCUACAGUCAUUCCUCGCUUAACGUCGGGUUUACGUUCCUGGACAAUGCGACUUUUAAGUGAAAUAGCGUAAAGCGAAACCUAUUUUCACGUAAGAAACAAUGUAGAAAGGGGAGGUUAUGUUCCUGGGAAAUGUCCUAUCACACUUGUAUCAGUUGUUUUCCUGUACACUUGAGCACUGGGCUCCCUGCUUGUAUCAGCCUCCCAAAAAAAUGGCCAUGCCUUUUUGAAGGUGUGUCAGCUUAGAAAGCUGCAAUGACACUCGUGAUUCACCACCCUUGGCCUUUAAGUCCUUGAACGAACUUCGUGCCUUUGCCUGGAUCACCAGUAAACUGAGGAAUGUGGCGCUGAUUUUAAUCAAGCCACACUAAUAACAAGCGCUCCCUAUCUCCUGCUGCAAAGCGGCGUAACGAUUUUAAUUUGGUUUGCAAUGUGAUCACCUUCCUAAAAUGUCGUGGCGCUUUGAAGCAGUGGGAUCAUUUCUUGGUCUUUUAGGACUCGUGUUGGUGAGGAAUGCAGUGAUAAGUUUCCUCCCCAAAUCAAAUCAAAACCAGUGCACAAUGGAACUGAGAUGAGCGGGUAUACUUGCCGCGGUCUCUGUCAUUCAGAGCAUUGUAUCAAAGCUCUCAGCCCCUACGCAACCACAACAAAGCGAGGACUUGCCGUCCAAUUUGGCCGGUAGAGGGCGAUGCCUAGCAACCGUACUGGCCGCCUUGUCCAUCGAUGCAUUUUAAAGGGACAUUAAAUGCGUAGACGGUGAAGUGAGCCUUAGGCAACUUUGUAGCGAAACAACGUAGAACGGUGCCGACGAUAAGCUAGGAGUGACCGUAGUACCAUCGUAAUCCCGCAUCUCUGAUUCGCACAAUUGGCUACGUGCAGUUACGCAAAAACAGUUCUACAUAAUCUGGAGAAUUCCGUACACAGCAGCGGCGGCAGCAUCCUUCUGAGCGUUGUUUUCCCACAUUUGAUGCAUGACAAUAGAAAUGUUAUCAAUCAGCAUUGUUUUGCAAUUGCUCCAGUUAAUUUGCAAAGGAUAUCAGUGGGAUCGGGAUAGUGUUCCAUUGGGCCAACACUUGGUGCGAUUGAGCAUACGUCAUAUAUGAUGGCUUGCGCUGUAUUUCUUGGUGCACAUAAGGUUUUUAUUGACUACAACUUGUGUGUUAGCAUGUAUCUGAUAACAGAUGUUGUCUACAUACACACAUUCUGGGUUUUUUUUGCAUUCAGAAAUUAACAACUUUUAGUUUGCAGUUGUGAGUUAUUUAGAAAAUAAAAAAACUCAACAGUUGAA